AUGGCUAAUUAUCCCAACAUUACUACCGAUGAGUGCGGGAUAUCCAGGGAUUCACUACUGAUGGACAACAACUGCUUUACAUACCAUAAAAUGGAUAAUACAGUGAGCCGUAUAUUCAAUGGUUAUCAACCCAAGAGAUUUAUAUUACACCCGGGGUUUGAGAUAAAUCAAACCAAUUCAGACGAUAUCGGACUCAUUGAACUGAACACUGCGCUGGACUUCACGGCCCCGAAGGGCUCACACUAUCGGCCGAUAAACAGCGUUUGUCUCCCGAAAGCUGACAUUUAUAACACCGACAAAGAGUACGCUUUGGUCGCCGGUUUCGGUGCAAUGAAUUAUACCAAACAUUUGGCGGAUUGGCUUCAAAUGGGAUGGAUUAGGAUUUGGGAGAAAAAGGAUACACGUUUUGAUUAUUAUGGUAAAAUGAUUAUUGCACGACAAGUUGCUGAUAGCGUGUCGGUCUGUAGAGGUGAUAGUGGCGGUGGAGUAAUACAGUGGCAAAACGGUAAGGCUGUAGUGAUAGGGAUCGUUCAUGCUAAAAUGGCUAAUUAUCCCAACAUUACUACCGAUGAGUGCGGGAUAUCCAGGGAUUCACUACUGAUGGACAACAACUGCUUUCCAUUUCAUAAAAUGGAUGAUACAGUGAGUCGUAUAUUUAAUGGUAGGCGGGCCACAGUUGGAGAGUUACCCUGGCACGUUUUCAUAACUAGUGAUCUAUUCAUAUUUUGGAAUGGCCUGACCAUAACUAUUUACCCGGGAAUUCUCAACAUAUCUAAUCUCGGUAUUGGAUACCAACCCAAGAGUAUUAUAAUACACGAAGGUUUUGUAUUUAAUCAAAACAACCCUGAUGACAUCGCACUCAUUGAGCUAAACACUGCCCUCGACUUAACCGCUUCGAAGGGCUCACACUAUCGGCGGGUAAACAGCGUUUGUCUCCCAAAACCAGACAUUUAUAACACCCGCAAAGAGUACGCUUUGGUCGCCGGUUUUGGUCGCAUUAAUGACACACAUAAUCCCGAUUGGCUUCAAGUGGGUUGGUCAAACUUCUGUGCUGUCAACAUCUCUGUUAUCAACAAAAUCCCAAAACCCAAAUACACAUAA